CCCCGCCUCCCGGAGGGCGGGGCUUUUCGUUGGCUGCGGCGGCUCGCCAGCUGAACCAUAGAAGUGGUUUCCGGCUGGAAUUCUUCAGCUGUAAGACUGCUGCAAAUAUAUAUCAAGAUAUUCUUCCAGUUUUGCUUCCAUGAUCCUUGAAUCCCUGGAGCAUGAAAGUCAAAGUGAUUUCAAUUUUGGAAGAUAAUUACAUGUACCUGAUCAUCGAGGAAACCACUCGUGAGGCCAUUGCAGUGGACGCUGCUGUUUCCAAGCGGCUCCUAGAGAUCAUCCGAAGAGAAGACAUUAUUCUAAAAGCCAUCCUGACUACCCAUCACCAUUGGGAUCACGCGAGAGACAAUGCAGAACUGUCCAAACUUUAUCCUGGCCUGGAGGUCUAUGGUGGGGACGAACGGGUGGGAGCUCUGACGCACCGGGUGACUCACGAGCAGGAAUUAAAGUUUGGCAGCAUCAAUGUACGGUGCCUUCUCACUCCAGGCCACACUGCGGGACAUGUCUGCUACUUCGUGUGGGAAAAUGAUUCCCUGAAUGCUCCUGCAGCUUUCACAGGUGACACCUUAUUUGUCGGUGGUUGUGGGAAGCUCCUGGAAUGCACAGCCGAACAGCUGUACAAGAGCCUGAUGGAGGUCCUGGGUGGGCUGCCAAAGGAGACGAAAAUCUUCUGUGGACAUGAGUACACAACCCAGAAUUUGAAGUUUGCCUUAAAGGUGGAACCAGAGAAUGAAUUUGUGAAAGAAAAGCUCAUUUGGGCUAAACUCCGAGAAGAUGAAGACCUUCCAACGGUGCCUUCUACUUUGGCAGAGGAGUUCCUCUACAACCCGUUCCUUCGCAUCUUGGAAGAACCGGUCCAGAAGUUCACGGGCAAGUCCGCUCCUCUUGAGGCCUUCGCUGCUCUCUGCAAGGCCAAAGAGACCUUCCGGAAACCCAAAGAGCGGCUGAAUCCUCAGGCCAUGCUGGACUUCCAGUGGGGGCUCUUCGAUCCACUCCUGCAGAAGUGAGACCCCGCCCUGACUGCCAUGAUGGGGAUACAGAUGAGAACGGGCUAAUUGGAUUCAUCUCAAAGGCAAAUGUAAGCUGUCGAAAAUUGGGAGGCAAUGGAGGGCUCAUAAAAAUAAAUCGCAUGGGCUGCCAGAAUAAAGCCAAGAGAAUCCAAUAAGAGCGGACUGCACAGUGCAUCUCCAAACCAGCAAACCUGAAUUACCUUCACUUUCAGAUCAAAGAACUUUUUAGGCCCAAACAUAAUGUUCUCCCUUUUGUUCUUGUAGUGUCCAAAAUCCCCUUCGUUCAGCAGGUUUGCUCUCCAGAUAAAGGUUGGGCAGGCUGAAACAGUGCAACAAUUCUAUUGAGAUAUUUGGAAAAAAAAUGAUAUAUUGUGCCUGCUGUUCUAGCAACAAGGCAGAUGUGAAACUACACUUUCAGAUACUUACCCCACACGAUAGGCAAAUUUUGGGCGGCCCUUAUAGAAAUGAGACAAAGUGGAAAACUGAUUCUAUGUUCUAUGGUCAAUUUCUUAUUUUAUUGAUGGUUGUUGACUGUUUACACACAUAGCCUUUGUGAUAUCCCUCAACGGAGCAGGGGAUGUGCAUUUCUGUUCCUGCUCCUCAUGUUGCAUGUGGACUAGGACAGGACAAGGCUGCAAAUGCUCCGCUUUGUGCCACAUGACCGGAGCGGGGGAACCAGAACGGUGCUGCUACUCAAUGCCCCACCCGUCCAGAGUCAUUGUAAGGAGAGGUAUUUUUUUUUCCCUCCAUAAACACCCAAACCAUUU